AUCCUAAGGGGGCGGGCCUAGCGGAAGGCGGGCCAGGCAGAAUGCGGCCCCGGGCGCGUGUGGAUGACGUCACCCGGCGCGUGCCGGGGUAGCCCGUAGUAACCCCGAGUCUGCGGAAGUGGUGACCCGUGGGACGCGGCUGAGACAGGAGACUGAAAGUUGUGGAACCAUAAUCUGUGACAUCAGUUUUUUUUUUUUUUUUGAUAAGCAGCUAUUUAUGAUUCUGGAAGAUUAAGGCAGAUAGGAAACCCCAUCUGAGAUUUUAACAAAUCCCUCAAACAAUAAACCACAUCAUGGACAUACAGCUGGACCCUGCCAGAGAUGACCUGCCUCUCAUGGCCAACACCAGCCAUAUACUUGUGAAGCACUAUGUACUGGAUUUGGAUGUGGAUUUUGAAAGUCAAGUCAUUGAGGGGACCAUAGUGCUUUUCCUCGAGGAUGGAAAGAGAUUCAAGAAACAGAAUACCUCUGUUGAGGAAGCCUGCCAGUCAGAAUCAAACAAAGCCUGCAAAUUUGGGAUGCCUGAACCCUGCCAUAUUCCUGUGACAAAUGCAAGGACCUUCUCAUCUGAAAUGGAAUAUAAUGAUUUUGCAAUCUGUAGUAAAGGUGAAAAAGAUACUUCUGAUAAAGAUGGUAACCAUGACAACCAGGAACAUGCUUCUGGGAUUUCUAGCUCAAAGUACUGCUGUGACACAGGGAAUCACGGCAGUGAGGAUUUUUUGCUAGUGUUGGACUGCUGUGAUUUAUCUGUGUUAAAAGUCGAGGAGGUGGAUGUUGCUGCUGUGCCAGGUCUGGAAAAAUUUACAAGGUCUCCUGAGCUCAUGGUUGUUUCUGAGGAGUUCAGGAAUCAGAUUGUACAUGAACUUGUGACUUUGCCUGCAAAUCGUUGGAGGGAGCAGUUAGACUAUUAUGCUUGCUGCAGCCAGGCUCCUGGCUGUGGGGAACUUCUGUUUGACACUGACACUUGGAGCUUGCAGAUCAGGAAGACAGGGGCUCAGACAGCUACUGACUUUCCUCAUGCUAUCAGGAUAUGGUACAAAACUAAACCCGAAGGGCGAUCAGUUAAAUGGACCUCAGACCAGAGUGGCAGGCCAUGUGUUUAUACUGUGGGAUCUCCCAUAAACAACAGGGCCCUUUUUCCAUGCCAAGAGCCACCCGUUGCCAUGUCAACAUGGCAGGCUACAGUUCGAGCAGCUGCAUCUUUUGUUGUUUUAAUGAGUGGGGAAAAUUCUGCCAAACCAACGCAGCUUUGGGAAGGGUGCUCAAGCUGGUAUUACUAUGUAACUAUGCCAAUGCCAGCCUCCACCUUCACAAUUGCAGUGGGAUACUGGACAGAAAUGAAGAUGGAGACAUGCUCAUCAAAUGAUUUGGCAACAGAGAGACCCUUCUCACCUUCUGAGGCCGACUUCAGGCAUGUUGGUGUUUGCAGUCACAUGGAAUACCCCUGCCGCUUCCAGAAUGCUUCUGCCACCACCCAGGAGAUCAUUCCUCAUCGGGUGUUUGCCCCUGUGUGCCUCACGGGUGCCUGCCAAGAGACCCUUCUGCGGCUGAUCCCUCCUUGUCUCUCAGCAGCACAUUCUGUUCUGGGAACACACCCGUUCUCUCGGCUGGAUGUUCUCAUCGUCCCUGCCAACUUUCCAAGUCUGGGGAUGGCCAGCCCACACAUCGUGUUCCUCUCUCAGAGCAUCUUGACAGGAGGGAGCCAUCUCUGUGGGACCCGCCUCUGCCAUGAAAUCGCCCAUGCCUGGUUUGGCCUAGCCAUCGGGGCCCGAGACUGGACGGAGGAGUGGCUGAGUGAAGGAUUCGCCACUCACUUGGAGGAUGUGUUUUGGGCCGCAGCACAGCAGCUGGCCCCCCAUGAGGCCCGGGAGCAGCAGGAGCUGAGGGCUUGUCUGCGCUGGCGUCGCCUCCAGGACGAGAUGCAGUGCUCCCCCGAGGAGAUGCAGGUGUUAAGACCCAGUAAAGACAAAACUGGCCACACAAGUGACUCAGGAGCAUCUGUUAUCAAGCAUGGACUUAAUCCAGAGAAGAUCUUCAUGCAGGUGCAUUAUUUAAAGGGCUACUUCCUUCUUCGGUUUCUUAGCAAAAGACUUGGAGAUGAAACCUAUUUUUCAUUUUUAAGAAAAUUUGUGCACACAUUUCAUGGACAGCUGAUUCUUUCCCAGGAUUUCCUUCAAAUGCUACUGGAGAACAUUCCAGAAGAAAAAAGGCUUGAGCUGUCUGUUGAAAACAUCUACCAAGACUGGCUUGAGAGUUCCGGAAUACCAAAGCCGCUGCAGAGGGAGCGCCGCGCCGGGGCGGAGUGCAGGCUCGCGCGGCAAGUGCGCGCCGAGGUCACGAAAUGGAUUCGAGUGAACCGGAGACCCCGAAAACGGAAGCGCAGGGAGAAGGAAGAGGUGUUUGAAAAGCUUCUUCCAGACCAGCUGGUCUUGCUUCUGGAGCAUCUCUUGGAGCAGAAGACUCUGAGCCCCCGAACUCUGCAAAGCCUCCAGAGGACAUACCACCUCCAGGAUCAGGAUGCAGAGGUUCGCCAUCGGUGGUGUGAACUCAUUGUUAAGCAUAAGUUCACGAAAGCCUACAAAAGUGUGGAGAGGUUCCUUCAGGAAGAUCAGGCCAUGGGUGUGUACCUCUACGGGGAGCUGAUGGUGAGUGAGGACGCCAGACAGCAGCAGCUCGCCCGCAGGUGCUUCGAGCGGACCAAGGAGCAGAUGGAUAGGUCCUCAGCCCAGGUGGUGGCUGAAAUGUUAUUUUAACGAGAAGAGUCAGGAACCAUGUGUGCCAGGAAAGGGAAACGGGACUGAGCAUCUCGUAGUGAAACGCCUGCUGCAGACAUGACCCGGCUCCCCUCCAGGAUGGGCCGGCGGCACACAGACUGCGCACUUACCUCACUGCUGGCCUCAUAAUAGUAAUCAGUGUAAAUGGUGUUUCUCUUUCGUUUUGUUAUUUCGUGGCGUUCGUGUUAAAGUGUGUGAAACUACAAGGCCAGCUAGUCCUUUCAUCAUUCCCUUCGGUGCAGGUUUUGGAGCAGCACUGCAGGGCACACCCCUCGCCACUCUUUAUGUGGAAUUUUUGCCCAAGCAGGCAAAGGAGUCAUCUUGGUCACAAGUCUCCCCUUUCCCCCCUCUCCAACAUCUUCGAUCCUGUCCCCACCCCUCCAGAUGCAUCCAGGGGUUGCAAGCCUGCCCCCCAACCAGUCCCUGUGAGGAACAGUGGCCGGGAUUGCUCCCAGGGCCCCUUCCAGCAGGGGGACCCCCUGACUUGAGACUCCCCAAAGGCUUCCCAGGGCAGCUAGAAUCUGCCUGGAGAGAGGGGAUCUUGUCUCCAAAGGUUAGAGGCAGUAAACUAAUAGCAAGGACAGCUGUCUUUAGCAAUUGUGUGUCGCAUGGCCGGUCCCUGCAUUUUUCUUCAGUUCCAAAGCUGCACUGGCAUUUUUAUGGUCACCUCUGGAGUCUCUUUGAUUCAAAAAACUAUACCUCUAGGAUGCCAAAUAAACGAACAACAAACAAACUCCACCUGUUUGCUAGCAUAACAGGCGUGAAGGCGGCAGUGUCGCCGGCGUCCUCCCGCGGAAGCCCGGUGCGCGCAGACAGCACGGGGCGGCGCUGCUCUCAGGUGCUCUGGCUGCUUGGGUUCCUGGCAUGCUGAUUUGUGACUUAAGAUUAAAAUCACAUUGCCAGGGAUUACCACGCAACCACGACCUUGGCUGCUCCUCCAGAAACUGUGGUCGCACUCACUGCAGAUUGGAGAACAGGUGCAUCUCGUAGCUCUUCUUUGGAAACAAAAGAAGCCACCAGCUGAGGAAGAUGCUCACCGGUCACCGUCCCUUUAUUUAUGCCCAGCGAUGACCUCUCUAACAAGGUGCAGAGCUUAGCUGAUUGGUGAACAGUGAUUGGUUUCCGCUUUGUUCACAGUGGCUAAGUUCUGCACCUGAAGAGAAGGUGAGAUGGGGACAGUUAAGUUGGAGCCGCUGGGGCAAAGGCCGUUGCUGACGGGCCGGCCGCUGCUGCACAGUCAGCUUGAGUGCGGAGCGCGAUCCUGGAGGAUGAGAGACCACUUGGCCCCAAGGAUGCACUGUCUCCUGCCAGGAAUGCUAGCCAUGUACUGAGUCCUUAAGUCUGUCCACAGAAACAUCCACUAAUCGGACAUCUGUCUGAAAGGUCAAAUGUAUUGAAAGUUGCAAAAAUUAUUCUUACAAAAAACUGAAACCAAAUGCAUCACCUAAGUCGAGUGAAAUCAUGUGGUGGCUCAUGGCUGUGAGCGGGGCGGGGCGGGGCUUUCGGAGGAGCUCCUGUUGUUCUGGGCGCGGUGAACUCUUUCUUGUAUUUGCAGUCCAGGCCUCCGCGUCUCCUGCGCCAGCGGACGGUGCCCACGGAGCUCCCAGCUGAGGCGCUGCUUCUCCGGGCUGUCGAUUGGACCCGCCCUCCGGUGCCUACUGAGCUGAUAUCAGUUCUCAUUUUACACACUGGCUCAGUUCAGCAGGAACAGGAGUCGAGCCCUUGAGCAAAAAGCCUUCGUGUCUGUAAGUGCCCGAGGCUCAGGAGAGCUGGGGCUCCCACUCACGGCAGACAGGCCCGCGGCCACCCCGGCCCGGCGGCAGCACGGUGCCAGUCAUCUGUAUGUGCUCCUGCGGCGUGGGGGUUUGUAGACUCCGAAAACCCUGUUGGCAGAAAGUUAAGAGCUCCCAGGCCUGAAGGCGGGACACAGUGCCAGCAGGGGGGCAUUUGCCCCCCAUGUGUGAGGGAGGCAGGGCCCAGCUCUCCCACGGCAAGGUGAGCUGAGACUUUCUGAGAGCAGUUAGAGUGGGUGCAGGUCUGAAAUGGGUACUCCUAGCAGCUAUUGUGUACGCAAAGCCUGAGUACGACCUGCUGGUGUCACAGCCACGUGUGAGCAGGCCAGCAUCACACGGCUCACUGUGACUCGUCCCUGAGACUGUGAAAUGGGCCUGGGUCUCCUCCUUGUCCUGCGAUUAAAGUCCUCUCUUGAAAGUGGAGAGCAAAGGCACACAGAGGUGCGCGCUCACAAGAAUUCCUCCCGGUGACUGGGUAAUCAGUGUUACUGCUGUUUCCUUUGCAGGAAAGACCACAGCGAGAUUCUUUCAUUCGUCUCCUCCUAGCCUGGGGGACCAGGCUCGAACUGACCUUGGACAUCAAAGGAGGGAUUAUGUGGCUGCUAAAGCCAUCGGCCCACAGCCCUGUUCACGUCUUGGUGCUUCUCUUUCCCAGAGGCUGGUCCCAGCCAGGCACACACAAAAGGCAGAUUCUCGUAAACGCAGCCUCCCUCCCUGGAGGCUGCCUCCUGCCCUGGAUCUGGAGUGGAGCUGCUCUGGGGUUUUGAGUUCUUCUGCACAGAUGACUAAAUAUAUCCAAGAGACAUUGGAAAACCUGCUGAACAUUUUACAUUGGUCUGCUCAGCACAUGGCUGGAUGUGGAUAUUUCUGUAAUUCCAGAAAGUCACACAGCUCCUCUGUACGAGACCAGUGGGUGCCAUUUAAAAGAACGGGAUGAGAAUCUAAGAUAUAUUAUUAAUAAAUGUGAUGGUUUUUUUGUA